AUCAUAAUUAAGGUCAAAAAAUAUAAACACAACUAAGUGCAGUGAAGUGAAGAAGUGUUGGUCCAAAAAUUAUUAAUAAAGUUAUGAAAUGAAUGAAAUGCUGCAUGGAACAUGGUGACAACAAUUAAAAUCACUUGCGAUGGCGUCUUCAUCCAAUCCAAUUCAUAUCUCACGCCAACGCAAUCGAACGCAGCGGCAAUCAAAGGAAAGACAAGGGAAACAACAGCUGCGGCAGCACUCGCUGAAUUGGCGGCCAAUUCCCUGAGCAACGAGAGUGAUAAUUCACAGACGAGCAGUGGAAGUCAGACCACCGGAGGCAGCAGCACAACAAAUACCAAAAAAUCUGCUCGCACUACUUGCAGUAGGCGUCGAGUAAGUGGAUCGAUUGGUUCGCAGGAUUCACGCCGACGCUAUUAUUAUUUUGGCAGUAAGGAUGUCUACUGGUGCAAACAGAGCUUGACCCGCAGUGCCAGCAGCUUGAGCCACCGCGAGACUCUUGCCACCGCCAGUGCCACAAAUGGACUUGCUGUUGGUGGCCAGCUGAUUGCAAAGGCUCGACGUCGACCACUGCAGCUCUGCAGUAGCUUAAGUGCGGCCUAUGCACCACAAAAGCGAAAGGAGUUUUACUUUUGCGAUAAAUAUGCUCCAACGUCAAGUGGUAGCGGGAGUGCUACCGGGAAAAGAAGCACUGCAUCCUCGACGUCGUCCGAUCAGCCGAUCGAUAUACGUUUGCUGAACUUUUUGCGCAAUGCACAGCGUAAAUUUCAGUCAGUAGCAACGACAACAACUAAGCCAAAGUCUGAACACAGCAGCGGUAACAACUACAACAACGAAAGCAACACCAAAGAAAGAUCGUCAACCAGAAACCGAAACAGCAACAUCAAUAACAUGAACAGCAACAGCAGCAGCUCACUCCCGCCUAUAAACAGUACAGAUGAUUGGUUUGACGAAGAAGCCACAGCGAAGGCAACUGAAGCAAAGUCCAAGGAAACCCCAUCAAGGCCAGCAAAGACAAGAACAACAAGAACAAGGACAAAAGCAAUCGGCGAGAGUGGUGCGCUGAUAACCGUGGAAAUUAAGCAGGGGCAACUGCAAGACAAACAACUGCAGUGUCAACAGCAACUACCCCGAGUGAUUGCGGCCGCAAAGCCGUCUAAAAUAACAGCAGAAACCACAACAAACAGAACAGGAGUCGUAGCGGAAACCGUCAGCAAAGCUGCAACUUCAACAGGUGGCAGUUGCAAAGUCGAGGAUAUGAACAGUCACGCGACUGCCACACAGAACGGACAAACAACGGUCGUUGGACAUCAUCGCGGUUUCUCGCAGCCCUCAGUCGCCGCGGCAGCUGCGUCUGGCGGGACAGCUGGUGAUCCAUGGUAUCUGCAGGCCACCGGGCAUCAAAUGCCGCCUACAGCACCCCUACGACACAAUAAACGACCUGCGCCUCAGCCCAAUUCAAUGGGUGUUGGUGUUGGUGUUGGAGUAACAGGCACUUCACUGCUGCAUCAGCAUCAAUUAAGCCAAUCACAGCCGCACAUUGUACCGCCGAGCAUACCACCACAUCACCAUCAUCGUGACAACAAUUUGCAUCAGACACAACCGAUGGGAGGAACGUCGGCGGGCGCAACAGCGGCAGCAGCUUUGCAUCUGUCAACGCACGCAUUGAAUAGUCAUAAUUUAAUCAACAAACAUUCGCCAAAAUCGCCCAAUCAAACACAGCAACAGCAGCAGCCGACAACAAUACAUCAGCAACAGCAACAUAGCAUACUGUCAACAUUUGCACCAGCGGGAGCAUCAACGGCAACCGAUCAGUCUGCAUCUGCAUCGAUAUCGGCAACCGCCGCUGCUGUUGCUGCCGUCACACAGCAGCAGCAGCAACAACAUAUGCAGCUUCUGGCCAACUGCGCUUCUAGCAAUAAUAUAAUGUCCUCCUCACUUACGUUACACACUGCUCCAGUCGGGGCAUUGCCGCCAAAGAGUUUGGCGCACGGCAACAACAGUGGCACCAGCAGCAGCAGUAGCAACAACAUGUUGCUACAGUCCACACAGCCAACAACUGCCGCGACAAGUGGGAGCAACAUCAAUAAUAAUAACACCAAUAUUAUUAGCAACAACACUACGACUUCUGGCAUGUCCACCUCUCUUCACAGUUUUGACAUCAACGGCGGCGGGAUGGAGAAAUGGACAAGUAGCUCCACGACGGCCAUGAAUCAUGCUUCUCUGUCACCCACAAGUGCUCCACAGCAGCAGCAGCAUCACAAUCUGCGUAAAUGCGAAGUCAAACUCAAUGCAAUGCCAUGGUUCCAUGGCAGCAUAACACGUGAUGAAGCGGAGCAUUUGCUGCAGCCACGUGAGGAUGGACUCUUCCUUGUGCGAGAGUCAACAAAUUUUCCCGGUGACUACACGUUGUGCGUCUGCUUUCAGGGCAAAGUCGAGCAUUAUCGUGUCAAAUAUCUAGAGAACAAGUUGACUAUCGACGAUGAGGAAUACUUUGAGAAUCUUGGACAACUUGUUGCCCAUUAUGAAGCAGACGCAGAUGGCCUCUGCACCCAGUUAAUCAAUUGUUUGCCUAAACUUGGAAAACAAGAGUUUUGCAUCAACUCCAAAGAGUUUGUCGACAAGGGUUGGGUCAUACCUGAGUCGGAACUGCAACUAAGAGAGAGUAUUGGAAAGGGCGAGUUUGGUGACGUCAUGUUGGGCAUAUUGCGCAACGAGAAAGUCGCUGUCAAAAUGUUGAAAGAUGAGGGCGCUGUGCAAAAGUUUCUAGCUGAGGCAUCGGUCAUGACUACGCUGGAGCACGAAAAUUUGGUCAAGUUUAUUGGCCUCGUUUUUACCAGCAAGCAUCUGUACUUGGUAACGGAAUACAUGAGCAAAGGAUCGCUGGUUGAUUAUUUGCGUUCGCGUGGACGACAGCACAUAACCAAAAAGGAUCAGAUUAAUUUCGCCUUUGACACCGCCUCUGGCAUGGAAUACCUGGAGGCUAAAAAGGUUGUGCAUCGUGAUUUGGCUGCUCGAAAUGUCCUAAUCUCAGAGGAUUGUGUGGCCAAGGUUUCAGAUUUUGGUCUGGCACGUGAGGAAUGCUAUAAUCUCGAUGUCGGCAAGCUGCCCAUUAAAUGGACCGCACCCGAGGCACUCAAGAAUGGUCGAUUCUCCAACAAAUCAGAUAUGUGGAGCUAUGGCAUACUCCUGUGGGAAAUAUAUUCAUUUGGACGUGUGCCCUAUCCUAGAAUUCCAUUGGCGGAUGUUGUGAAGCAUGUCGAAGUUGGAUAUAAAAUGGAAGCGCCUGAGGGUUGUCCAGCAGAAAUUUACGAGAUGAUGCGCCAAGCGUGGGAGUUGAACCCUGCUAAACGGCCUACAUUUGCAGAAUUAAAGGUUAAGCUACAGCUACUGAACAAUGCAACAGCGUGAGAUGAGCAUUAAGCUAAAUAAAUGGCAGAAACUAACGAAAUGAAAAGAUUGUUUAAAAUGACUUGAUUUAACACAGACACUGAACGCAACAAUUUUUCGUACCAAUAAAUAUAUAUAAAAAUUUAUUUAUAUAUAUUUAUUUACAACAAUUUAUUUACAUACAUAAUAUAUGCGAUAAGUUUUUGUAAGCUUAAGCGAAACCCAACACAAUCAAGCAAUGUUAGUGAGAUGCGCCCAGCUAACGAUCUAUAUAAUACAACAUGUAACAAUAUAUACUUAUAUAUAUAUAUAUAUAUACAGGUAUAUUUACUGAAAUGCCGCACUGUAUUUCAAAUCGAUUAAUCAAGUGCAAGCUGAAAGGGCAUACGUGUAGUUUACUAUUAUGAUUACAAUUAUCAAUUAUUAUAUACAUACAUACUGUACUAUGCUGUCUGUAGUCUCCCCACUUUACUUCCCUCAUUGUAUAGAUUUAUUUCAUUUUCUCUUUCUCUGAUACAUUAAAUAUAUAUAGGUAUAUAUAUUAAAUAUAUAUAUAGAUUUUUAUGUUACAGAAUACGGAUACAUAUGAGCGCCAAACUGCAGGGCACUUGUAGUCCUUGACACCAGGUGCAAUUUCGUUUUACAAAAUUGUUAAUAUAUUGUUUUUCUUUUAAAUCAUUUUCUGUUUGUAGCUCAAGCAACACAGCAACAAUAAAAACUUGUUCAACAAGUUGCUGUAUAACAACAAGAACAACUGCAAAAUAUAUAAAUCAAAUUAGUUAAAUUUAGUUACAUUUUACAUUUCUAUAUCUAAUCAAAAUGAGAGAAAAUUUAAAAAAAUAAAUUAAAAUCGAUGUAAAGAAAAUAAAUCAUCUUUUCUUCGAUUAGUCCUUGAAAUGAAAGAAACAAUACAAAAUGGAUAAGAAGAAAACACUUGUGAAAAUAUGCAUUACAUAAAUACUACUACAUAUAAAUAUAAAACAAAUUACAUACAAUUUAAUUACGACUCUUAAAUACUUAUUAGCAUAUGUGGCAUGAUUAAUAUUUAACAAACAGACGUAUAAUAAUACAUUAUUAACUUAUUACGCGCAAGAUUCCAAUGUACGUACAUUUUUGCAUACCUUGAGUCCUAGAUUAUUUACUGUCUUUUUAUCCUUUUUGUUUACAACAAAAUUUUUUUAACAGAGGAAUCUCUUGAACUUUUAUAUAUACAUUUACAUAUGUAUAUUCUUACACCGCUUUAAAAAUAAUAAAUCGAUAAUCGAUAAGAGUAAUUUAUUUAUCUAUCUCAUAUAUAUACACUUAACAAUUUACGUUUUAUGUUGUCGUCCCCAUAAAGCCUUGUACAAUUUUGCUUUACACUUACGUUUAUUUUAUGUAUAACACUCACACAAGCACACUAAACACACAUACACGUCCAUAUACAUUUAUAAUUAAUUUAAAUUUAAAGUUAUUACAUUUUUAAAAUACGAAAAAGGAAACAUCAAUUUUGUCAAAAGUUAAUUUAACAAAAUCCGAAAAAUUAUAUACAAAAUUUCGCAAGAACACACCUUAUACUUAUAAAUGGAAUGAAUGGAAAUCGAGUUGGAGCUGAAGUUGGGGGUUGAAAAUGAUAUGAAAAUUUUAAAUAAAAGAAGAAAAUCAUACAUCGACCUUAGAUUCGUUGGGAUAUUUGGGAAUUUUCUUC